CAGCGCUGCUGUCCCCGCCAGACGCACCUGUCUUCGCGGCAGCGCUAGCAGCAUCUCCUGCUCCACCUCGAGUGUCCUGAGCCAACGGCUCGCCAGGGCGGCAGGGAAAGCUUAGGGCAGGCCUUGUCCAGGCCGGCGCAGGGGGCACAGUCGGCGAGGGUCGAGCCACGUGAACGUCGCUGCUGCCACCAUGGUAGCCACAUGCCUGCAGGUGGUGGGCUUCGUCACGAGCUUCGUGGGUUGGAUCGGCAUCAUCGUCACCACGUCUACCAAUGACUGGGUGGUGACCUGCAGCUACACCAUCCCCACCUGCCGAAAAAUGGACGAAUUGGGCUCCAAGGGGCUGUGGGCCGACUGCGUCAUGGCCACUGGUCUCUACCACUGCAAGCCCCUCGUGGACAUCCUCAUCCUCCCGGGCUACGUGCAGGCUUGUAGAGCCCUCAUGAUUGCUGCUUCCGUUCUGGGUCUGCCAGCCAUCUUGCUGCUGUUGACGGUUCUUCCCUGCAUCCGAAUGGGCCACGAGCCUGGAGUGGCCAAAUACAGGCGAGCCCAGCUGGCGGGGGUGCUCCUCAUCCUGCUGGCUCUCUGUGCCAUUGUGGCCACCAUCUGGUUCCCCGUAUGUGCCCACCGUGAGAUCACCAUCGUGAGCUUUGGCUACUCGCUGUAUGCAGGCUGGAUCGGUGCCGUGAUGUGCCUGGUGGGUGGCUGUGUCAUCGUCUGCUGCUCCGGGGAUGCACAGUCAUUUGGAGAAAACCGUUUCUAUUACUCCUCUGGCUCCAGCUCGCCCACGCAUGCCAAGAGUGCCCACGUCUAAGAGGGCUGCUCCACUGCCCACCGAGGUGCUGUAGAUGCUGGGCCUGGGGCCCUGGGUUUGCUCGCCACAGUGGGGAGAAGCCCACUUCUCUGCCAGGCACUAAAGCCAAAGGUCUAGAAAGUAUCCUGCCUGGUGGUUAGCAGUCUUAACACCCCACCCACCCCACCCACCCCACCACUUCUCGGUUCUUAGAAGAAAUCUCUAGCUCAGAUAAUGCCCACAUAGUUUUCUCCUGGUGUUGCCCGCUGUUAGCUCUUUCCUUGGGCAUUCCACUGUUGUUGAAUAAAAAAAUAUUUGUUUCUCUCUUAAA